AUGGAGUAUUGCUUCAAGAACGAAACGUAUUCCAACGAGUUUUUUGCACAACUAAACACACUUCGUAAAAGUGGAGUAUUUUGCGAUGUGAUUUUAGUCAGUUCUGAUGGAAUCGAGUUCCCUGUGCAUCGAGCUGUAUUAACUGCAGGUUGUAUGUACUUCAAUGCUUUGUUUACUAUAAACAUGCUUGAAAAACAACAAACACGGGUGCAUUUAAAAACGGUUCCCUCAUCAGCUCUUAGCGAAGUUUUGGACUAUAUCUACAGUGGGUCUCUUCGCGUUACAAAAGAAUCCGUAGCCGAAUUUAUUUUUACCUCAUCCAUGUUCCUACUGUUGGACCUCACCGAAUACUGUUGGGACGUUUUUGUCAAAACUUUAGAUCUGAAAAAUUGUAUCUCGCGUAAAAUUCUUGCAGACAGUAUAAGUUCAGCGUCAAUUGCGAACACUGUGACGCAUUUCGUGUUGAAGAAUUUUGUCAAUUUGGAUUUUCAAUCAUUGGCCGAAUGCCCUGUCACAAUUUUGCGCGAGAUGUUAUCGUGCGAUGAAUUUGUUGUGUGCAGUGAACUUGAAGUGCUAGGUAUUCUUGUAAAAUGGAUACUCGCUCGUUACUUUAUCUCUGAACAAGACGAUACUGUAAUCCUACACGAAGAUGCCACCAACAUCUCGAAUCUUGGCGAAGAGUUGCUACCUUUAGUUCGUUUUAAGUUUAUUCCAUUAACCAGAGAAGAAUUAACAGCAUUUCUUGAAAGCUUUGCUCUCUCCAAACAUCCUUGGUUGCGGAACGCGGUGUUGGAAAGAUUGGAAACAAAUUCUGGCAGCUCUGAAGCGAGGUUGUCUUACAGAGAAGUUGAUGUAAUUCUGGUCGUUGGUGGUCAAGGAGAAAGUUCGGUUUUAAAUCAAGUUUGUGCUUAUGUUCCCUCCAGUGAUCAAUGGCUCCAAGCUGUUCCUAUGCAGCAUCCGCGCAGAAGGUUAGUAGUGCAUUCAGUUAGAACUGAAUUUGACAGUUUGUAGUAAAGAAAGCCCCGGUCAAACGAGAGCGUGAGAGUUGAUGAGAGUUGGCAGUCUCGUAUUCUUACAGGGGACAUUUCAAACUCUACUCUCUAGAUUAACAAAAUAAAAGCCCCGUUUACACGAGCAAAUUUUAUUUGACAAAUUUCAUAUGUCAAAGAUAUUUUGCACAGAUUUGUGAUAAAUUUAUUGUGACAAAUGCAUUUGAUCAAAAGCUAGCAUGCUAGCUUUUGGUCAAAUGCAUUUGAUCAAAUGAAAUUUGUCAAAUAAAAUUUGCUCGUGUAAACGAGGCUUAAAGGUUUGAUGAAUUUUCUAUAACUAUGUUUUAACUUAAGUAGAACUUUCAUUUAAAAAUAGAAUACAUGUUGGGAAAGUAUUAGGACCAGCUAACCAAGAUCGCGUGACUACCAGCUCUCAUCCUCGUUUCAUCCGAGGUGUUGUGCAUCCUUAGUUGCAGCUCAGAGCUAAGCUGAGUAAAGGCUGUCUUCCACUAGACGGAAUUUUCCGCGCGGAGCGGCAUUUCCCUUUGUAUUUUCCAAUUAGUUCCACCCGAGAAAUCACAAGACAAAGAAAAAUUCCGCUCCGCGCGGAAAAUUCUGCCUGGUGGAAAACGACCUUGUACGAAGGACGCAACUCAACAUGAUCGAGCAUUUCGACUUUAAUUGUAUCGUACCAAAGCAAAGCGUAUUUUUCUUUGUUUCCUAAACACCAGAGUGGAACUAUAAUGACUUUGACACAAAAGGCUGCGAUUCAAGUGGAAGAUCACCUUUACUAUUAAGGGCGUACGCUUGUCGGAUGACUAGCAUCGCUAUGACGGAAGGGCUAAUAGUUUGGGACUUGAAGCCGUCAACACUCCCUUUCGGAGGAAAGUGCAGUAUUUUACCCGGAAAUCGUAUUGCAAACACUGCGUCAAAAAUCGCAACUAAAAAUAGGCAAUAACAUUUCAAAGGUUCCGUUAUCACAGGACAAUAUGAAUUUGUACUCAAAUCACAGUUGUUACUAUAACAAGUCACAUUUCACAAGUCAUUUUGUUCGAGUCUGGUCAAGUCUCAAAUCGUUCAUUUGAGUAACAAAAAGUGUGAUUCGAGUCCAAGUGGUAGGUCUAGUCGGUCUACAACUCGCACUUAAAUUUACACAACUUUACGUUGCCGAAUGUGGACGGAUUCAAAGACAUCUGAGCGUACGGCAUGUGAACAAAUCAACAAAUUUGAGUAUGGAUCUGAAUUCGAGCGCUCUCGUGUGUUCUGAGUACCCUUAGCUCUUAAUUACAAUGAGUCGCAAGUCUUUAGCUUGCUCUCAAACCAUUGGGAAAUACUUCCUCCGCAAUCUAUUUGCUCUCAAACCAUUGGGAAAUACUACCUCCGCAAUCCACUAAAUAUAUUUGUCUUUCUUUCGAUAGUUUCGGUCUGGUCUCGACUGACAACGCCUUGUACGCAGUUGGCGGUACAAUGGAGAAGUCGGCCGACACUCCUGUUUCCUUCAUUGAACGUUACGAUACGCGCAAAGACGUUUGGGAAGAGAUCCACGUGACAUCGCGUGAACUAGAGCGAGACAACGCCGGAGUUGUUGGGUCACAUGAUCAAAUCGUCAUAUCCGGUGGUUUCGCAUUCACUUCGUGUUCAGUGACGUCAUCAGUUGCUGAACUAAAUCCGGCCAAUGGGGAGUGGCGAGAGUUGGCUUCAUUACAUACUGCACGUGAAGGUCACGUGGCUAUUGUUGAUGACGUCAGCAUUUACGUCAUUGGUGGUAAGAACCAAUCAAGAUACUUGGCUUCAGUCGAGAGAUAUGAUAAGGAUACAGGUAUAUUCAGUUUCUGUGCAUACAUAGAUACCAUUGACAUUAAUAUAUAUCUGGACUGCUUGCUGUAAUACUUUUUGACUGAAGGCUUGCGUGGCAAAUUGAAGCUGACGAAUGUGGGGGUAAAACAGCAAGCAGUCCAGGUACACACGUAAAAACGCACAAGUUGUAACAAACCUGCAGCAGACUUGUAGCAAUGCUGUUCCAACAACUUGUCAACAGGUGACAAGUUGCUACAAGGUUGUUGAACUCAACAGACUUGUUACAAGUUGUGAGUGACAAGUUUGUAGCAACUUGAUGAAAUAACAACAUUCAAACAUUGUUAAAAAACUCAUUAAUAAUUCAUGAAGAAAACACAAAGAAAAAUCAUAAGCGUGUCGUAUCUGUAUAUGUGAUACAGAUUCAUGUUGAUUUACAUAAACUUUAACUUUGAUUUUCUCGGCUUAGACAACGUUUAUUUUUAAAAUUACUUCGCCAAUGAACUCAUAAGAUGAGCUGUUUUUUAAGUUGUUUACAACAUUCGCGUCCGUGUUGUAUCAGAUAUACAAACUCUCGCCUUCGGCUCGAGUUUGUAUAUCUGAUACAACACGGCCGCUCAUGUUGUAAACAUUACUUACAACUUGUUGACAAGCUUGCUACAAGCCUGUUGCGAACACAUCUUGUUGACAAGUUGUGAGAUUUUUACGUGUGUAUAUAUAUGUCAAUGGUAGAUACAGGGUUAUUGUGCGAGACAGUUUGUUUGUGUGUUAUCUUGCUAAUGCACCUGUAAUACUCGUGAAGCCCACCAGUAUUGUAUCAUGAUUCUUAAUUUAUCAUAUUUUAUUUAGAAACUUGGAAAGUGCUGGCACCUUUAAACAACAGUCGGACUCACGCCUGCGCAGUUUGGUACAAGAACAACCUUUACGUUUUUGGUGGCUAUGAUGGUGAAAACGUGCUUAAUUCUGUAGAAGUGUACGAUCCUAACACUGAUCGUUGGCAGCUCCUGCCUUCAAGCAUGACGACAGCGCGAAUGAAGUUCACUGUCAGUCUAUGUGGUGAUGAGGCGUUUGUGAUUGGCGGAAUGACAGGGUCACGUGGUCCAAUGACGUGUGAAGUAGAGAAAUUCAAUCUCCUGAAUUCAACAUGGAGUAAUGUCAGCUCGAUGGAUGAAAAGAAAAUGGAACUGAAUUGUGCUAAACUUUCUUUGCCUAAUAAUCUUAUUGCAAGUUUUGUUAGGGAGUGA